AAAUUAUUCUUAUUUGUUUAUUUUGUUAUUAAAAAGAAAAACUAAAGGCUUCAGAAGCAAUAAAGGAAUAUGUUUUGGAUGGAUAAGAAUGAAAAAAAUCAAAGCUUUAUCAAAAAGGAAAAAGGAAAUAAAAUAAAAUUUGAAGCCAUCCUCCAACAAACCCAUAAUGAACUCUACCAUUCAUUCAUCUUCUUCUUCUUCUUCUUCAUCAUCAUCAUCGUCGAAUUUCAGCUGAAACUUGUUCUUUCUUGUAUGAAAGUUUUUUUUUUUUUCCUGAUCACAAAGACUGAGCGAAGGUUUAAUUUCACUGCCACCCGCCAUUGACUAAAGGACAAAGCUUCUAUAAAAGCUAGAGAGAAAUUAAAAUAACAAAGAGGCUUUCUUUUUGGUUUUGGAAAGUGGGUUUGGGGCUUACCUUCUUCAUUUUUCAGUCUCUUCUUUUGUUGGGGAUUUUGGGUUGUAGGUUUUUAAGCUAGGGUUUCUUCUUUUGUCAUACCCCAUUUGAGAAAACCAGCUCCAGGCUUUGGGUUUCUCUCUUGUUUUCAUCGGUUUCUUGCAGAGGAGGGAAGAGAAUCUUUCAGAUUAUGUAUUAUCAGCUCGAGAAAUUCUCUCAUCAGGAUUCUUUGGAAGUCUUGGAAGCGGAUAUUCAGUAUGCUAAUUCUUUGGCAGCUGCAAUCCCCAUGGCAAAAGGGGGUGUGUAUCUUCAAAUGAAGUUGGUUUAUAAUCACUUGGCUCCCAUUGUUCUGUUUUUGCUACAAUGGAUGGAUUGUUCUUGCACUUGCUUGCUUCCAAGAUAUUUGAACCUCUUCCACAUACUUGUGUACAAGGUACAUCCGGAAGGGAAACAAAAACAAAAUAUAUCAAGGCAUGGAAGGAAGGCAACUAUUAGGGAUUUCUAUGCUAUAAUAUUGCCUUCGCUUCAGCGAAUCCAUGGUAGCUUGGAUAAGUUGGAUGAUUGCAAGGAAGAGCAUCACUGGAUUGAGAUGUCUAGCAAGAAGAGAGUUGAUAAAGAUGGUAGACUCAAGAACAUCGAAAUGAAGCGAGAAGACGAGUGUGGUAUUUGCUUGGAGCCCUGUACAAAGAUGGUUUUGCCGAAUUGUUGUCAUUCAAUGUGCAUCAAAUGCUACCGAAAUUGGAACACAAGGUCAGAAUCAUGUCCAUUUUGUCGUGGCAGCUUAAAGAGGGUCAACUCAGAGGACUUAUGGGUACUCACUUGCAGCGAUGAUGUGGUUGAUACCGAAACCGUUUCCAAGGAGGACAUGUUGCAGUUUCAUCGCUACAUAAACAGCCUUCCAAAAGACUAUCCAGAUGCCCUCUUCAUAGUAUAUUCCGAAUAUCUAAUUUAGUUCAGGCUUCAGAGUAAACUGUAUAGAGGGAAAAUCCCGACGCAAAAUGUAAAGGUCAGAACAUAUCCUCUCUGCUUCAUACAGAAUCAUUGAUCACAUCACAUGCUUAGCUAGAACCAAUAAUGAAUCAAUGUAAGAUGCCAAUCAUCUCUGCAUCUCGGCUCGUGUAUCUUAUAAACUUGAAAGUGCCUUUUUCUAAUGCACUGAUUGUCAAUAAAGAUGAAUUUGGUCUCUGGUGAUUUGUAUCA